AUGCAUCGACACAACAGUCUCAACACCAACGUAUCUCGCUCGCCCUCCCUUAGCCAACGUAAACUCGUGGCUGACUUCCGUUCUCCGUCUCCACUCGUUGGGGGAUCGUCCAGUGUCAGCACUACUGAGUCUCAUCAGACGGUGAUCACGAAGACGUCCUGGCUCGAGGCUGCUCGUGAAAGUACCAACAACUUCAAACUGCAUGGCUCCGCCCUCCCUCUCGUUUGGGUUUUGGUUGAGGACAAUGUCAUCCCGUCGAAUGCUGUUCCCUUUGGUGAAGACAAGACCGGGUUUCCACUAUACAUUGCUCGUGCCCUGCUUGAGGUAGGAUUAUCCCUCCCCCGGGCAGGUGCUCACCUUCAGCAUGCCCUUAUCAGUUACGGGGGAAGGGAGCAUCAAAUCCAAAAGUAUGAAGUGCUCGUGUGCGCUUCUCAACUUCGCUGGGGCUUGGCCACCUACGAACCAGUAGGAUCUUUGAGUCAGGGCACAACUUCUAGCGUGGUUUCAACCACGCUAUGUGUCAACGAUAUCCCAAGGUUUAUUCCCAAUCUUGCUACGUCACCAAGAGUAGAGGAAAGCCUGAAGAAGCUUGCCGACUACAAGACCGUGGUUCUGAUUGAUGAUUCCAUCUCUGUUGGUAUGGCCGAAGAACAAUCUUGGACUCUUGUCCGCGAGGCUCUGGCGGGAAUCGCUGAUCUUGCGAAUCAGUAUGGCUCUCAAGGAAUUGAUUUACAUUUCUUGCACCACGAACAUUUCCAUCAAAACAUCAAGACAAGUCACGAGAUUCAACACAUCUUCAAUCAAAUGGCCCCUAACGGUCCCGAAACGCCAACUGCUGCGAAACUGGAAGAGCUUAUCAACUUCUACCUCCCUCUCGUGGAGCGCAAGUUCCCUCAACACAACCCUAUCGACAUUAUCGUCAUUACCGACGGUGUCGCAACCGAUCAGCAGGAUCUCCCUGAGGUUAUCGUCAGCGCAGCCCACCGCCUGGAAAGAAGCCAAGUUCCAGAGGAAAUGUUCGGCAUCCAGUUUGUGCAGAUUGGCACGGACGCGGAGGCCGCGUCCGCAUUGCGCGCUCUAGAUGACCACCUUGCGAAGCAGUACAAAAUCAGAGAUAUCGUGGAUACUACACCUUACGAUCCUCAACAGGGCGCAUUCAAUACCGAUUACAUGCUGAAGAUCCUGCUCGGUGGUGUGAAUAAGGUUCUUGACAAUGGGGGUCCUGUGCCGAGCGAAUUGCUCUCGCCGCUCGCAGUCCCAUAUGGGUCGAGGUAA